CACUUCACGUGUUUGAUGGACAGGCUGAACGAGCAGCGCCUCUUCCAGCCUGACCUGUGCGACGUGGACCUUGUCCUGGUAGAGCAGAAGACCGUCUUCCCGGCCCACAAGGGGGUCCUGGCAGCCUACAGCCAGUUCUUUCACUCCCUCUUCACCCAGAACAAGCAGCUCCAGAGAGCGGAGCUUUCUCUGGAGGCCUUGACCUCCGUUGGGCUUCAACAGAUUUUGAACUUCAUCUAUACUUCGAAGCUCUUGGUCAACGCCUCCAACAUUCAGGAUGUCCUGAAUGUGGCCUCCGUCUUGCAGAUGACCGACAUUGCUUCCUCCUGUCAGGAACUCAUCACCACCAGAGCUCUCGGCUUGGCCAUGACCAACAAUAUGGCGUUGACUUCGGACAAUUGUAGCAAAGCCACCCCACCUUCUCAGUUCUUCUGUGACAUCAAGCAAGAAAUGGACCCUCCACGCCCUAAGAUCUUCACCCGAGAAGGGAACGUCCCAUAUUCUGUGCGGGUGGAAGAUGGCAACCAAAAUCAGCCUCCUGUGCCCAGCAAGACAUUCUACAAGGAAGAGAACCAUGGUGGUCCACCUGUCUGCAAGGUGGAAGGGGACGCGUCUGAGGCUCUCCCGGGCAGCCGAGGUUCCUACAGCCAUGGUGAGCAGAUCAUUGUAGAGGUCAACCUUAACAACCAGACCCUCAAUGUCUCUAAAGGUGCAGAGGGACAGCCUUCAGUGGGCAGCCAAGUGGCUACAGAAGCUGGACGGCCAGAAGGGGAAGGAUGUUCCUCGGUGGUGGACCAAGAGCAGGAAAACGGGGGCAAGGAAGAUGAAGAUGACGAUGCAGAUAUGGGCGAUGAAGAUGAGCGCUCGGAAGAGGAAGACCUGGAAGAGGAGGACACCUCGGAAGAGGAGGAAGAAGAGGAGGAAGAAGAAGAGGAGGAGGAGGAAGAGGAGGACAGAGGGGACAAUGACAGUAACGUAACUGAGAUUCGCGGGGAGAAAACUGGAGCACCCCAGAGGACUAGGCUGCUUGCCAAGGUCACCAACCCAACCACGUCCCCCAAAACUGGUGAAGUUAACACCAUGAUGGAAGAAGGAGAGGAGGGAGAGGAUGAAGAUGAAGUUGCUGAGAAUGACAGCAAGGUCAAGAGAGCUAAGAAGCAGAAGAAGGACCAGGAUCCUCCUGGUCAGAAGGUCAAGCUGGAGGAGAAGCAACAUUAUCCGUGCAAGAAGUGUCCCCGGGUGUUCAACAACCGCUGGUACUUGGAGAAGCACAUGAACGUCACGCACACCCGCAUGCAGAUCUGCGACAAGUGUGGCAAGAGGUUCCUGCUGGAGAGCGAGCUGGUCUUGCACCAUCAGACGGACUGCGAGAAGAACAUUCAGUGCAUGACUUGUGGGAAGGUUUUUAAGAAGCUCUGGUCCCUUCAUGAGCACAACAAAAUUGUCCACAAUUACGCCGAGAAGAAAUUCUCCUGCGAGAUCUGUGAGAAGAGGUUCUACACAAUGGCACACGUGCGGAAACACAUGGUUGCUCAUACCAAGGACAUGCCGUUCACCUGCGAGACGUGUGGGAAGUCCUUCAAACGCAGCAUGUCUCUGAAAGUCCAUUCUCUGCAGCACUCCGGCGAGAAGCCGUUCAAAUGCGAGAAUUGCAAUGAGCGGUUCCAGUACAAAUACCAGCUGCGUUCCCACAUGAGUAUCCACAUCGGCCACAAGCAGUUCAUGUGCCAGUGGUGUGGCAAAGACUUCAACAUGAAGCAGUAUUUUGAUGAGCACAUGAAAACACACACAGGUGAAAAACCAUACAUCUGUGAGAUCUGUGGGAAGAGCUUCACCAGUCGCCCCAACAUGAAACGCCACCGGCGGACACACACCGGAGAGAAGCCCUACCCUUGCGACGUCUGCGGUCAACGGUUCCGGUUCUCCAACAUGCUCAAGGCGCACAAGGAGAAGUGUUUCCGAGUCAGCAACUCACCGGCUGCAGAUCCCAACCGAGAUUCAAAUUCUCUUGGUCUCCUCACUUCUCCAAACGCCAACUCAACGCUUUUGACUGCUGGUGUUCCUCUCCAUUCGACCUCACCUUCCCACGUGCUUCCUUUGCCUAUCAGACAUCCUUAUGCACACCCCAUAACUCCUCCUCCUCCUCCUCCUCUUCUACCCCCACCACCAGCUCUUUUCCCCGGUAGCAGAUUGAACGUGGACAACUAG